AUGUGCUUCAGGAAUACCAAUCGAGUUAGCGAUGGUACGAAACCACAUUCCCAAGACGAGGAAACAUAUCAUCUUUCAAUAGUUGAAGAAGUCAAUAGUCAAAUUGGUAUAACUUGGAAGGCGAGGUACAACAAGUUUGCUUCACGCGCUGAAGCGACAACGGGUACAGGUACUUCUGACACGGAUACGGCUAGACUGAUUUUAAAAAAAUUUUUCAAUCUUGAUGAUAGUCAGCUUCUCCAAGACACUGUUACACAUAUUGAGGAUUUAUGGAAAGUCAAGAAACCUAUUCCCAAGUCGUUCGAUGUUAGGACAGCAUGGCCAAAAUGCUGGGCUGUACAUCAAAUAUUUAACCAAGCCGGUUGCGGAUCAUGUUGGUCAGUUGCCGCCACUUCAGUAAUGUCAGAUCGUGUCUGCAUCAAAUCGAACGGCACUUUGCAAACGCAGAUUAGCGCUUUAGAUCUCACUUCAUGCUGUUUGUCCUGUGGAGGGUUAGAAGCGUUUGCUCAUGAGCUUCUGAGAAUUCCAAUUCCAUAUGUAUUUCUAGGUGUCAAGGGACACAUUGGGCUUUAUCAGCUUUCACAUAUUGGAAGGAACACGGGAUUGUUUCAGCACCUAAAUAAAGCUUACGUAGGUGGUGCCUUCGGCACGCAUGAAGGUUGCCGACCUUACACAUUUGAACCAAGUUGUGGGACCCCGUGUGGUCCAUCGUUGUAUCGAAAGGAACGCACGCCUCGAUGUGAACGACAUUGUCAAAGCCUCUACCAUAAAACUUAUGAGCAGGACUUAGUGCAAGGUAAAUCCGAAGGAUUUAGAAUAAUUCAGAAAAAAACAAUACCUUUCUAUGCGUUUUACAAAAAACGAGUUCAAGCCCGAAAAGCGUACUGGUUGAGGGCUAUAAAUGGUAGUUCAGAAUAUACACCCAUAGUGAAAACCACACUCCAAAAACUUAUUGAUGGAAAAAUCACCGAAAUUCUCCAGAGAGAAUUGAUGACGUAUGGACCAGUUCUUGCUUGCUUCACACUGUAUGAAGAUUUUCAACAUUAUAUGUCAGGCAUCUAUAAAACCGACGAAACUCGAUCUCUUCAGUUAUAUGGACACUGCGCAAAGCUACUGGGGUGGGGUGAACAAGGAGGAGUAAAGUAUUGGCUUUAUGCCAAUACUUGGGGACGUGAUUGGGGAGAGAAUGGGUUUUUCCGAGUUGACAUGAACGAAAUUCCGGAAGAGGUAGUUGCGGGCGUUUUAUAG